UGAGAUCAUGACCUGAGCUGAAGGCAGAUGCUUAACCAACUGAGCCACCCACAUGCCCUGGGAGUAGGAUUUUAAAUGUAGAGAUUUGGUAGGAGGAAAGUCAACUCUGUUACUGGAGAUGCAUGUUACAUUUACAAGGGUGGGCUUUAUAGAUUUGAUGAUGGGAGGAUGGCAGAUGAUGCUGAAAUAUAAGCAGCUGAGUUAGGGCAGGGGAGCAUGUGUGUGGGUUGGAGUGGCUGGGGACCCGGUAGGAGAGAAGAGGUCUUAGAGAAUAGGGGGCAAUUCAGUAAAAUGAAGUAGAGUUGCUGAGCAGUGUUAAGUUUGAUGUUUGUGUUCAUGAAAUAAAAUCCGUCUGCUGGCUUGUGUGAUUUUUAUUUUCCCCCCAGAAAACUUCAGCUACUGCUGUGCAGAGAAGGAUAUUCUUAAGUUCAGCCAUACUUGGGGUUUGUCAGAUUCCUGACAUUCAAAACAACUGACUUUUAAUACACUGCUACUACAUCAAAUCAACAAUGAAUUGGAAUGCAAAACCAGAGAAUGUCACCUUACCACCACAGUAUCCUAAAAAGCAGUCAUCUUUUUUGGAGCAGGCUUUAAUAAAUACACUUAACACAACAUCUCAGAGUUCUUUAAACUAUCCUGGAAGUAACCAAGAAGCAUGUAUGUUUCUUGGUAAUUCAAAUCCAGUUUCACAGCCACUGCUAAACAUCAGAAAUUAUACAACUCCUCAGCAAAUCCCUAUUCCUGAUAUGCAUAAUGGGACACUUGUGGCCUCACAAACUUCAGUGGAAAGAAUCACAUAUGCCAAUGUUAAAGGAUCCAAACAACUAAAUCACAAUUUGCAAAUGUCUUCAGGAGUAACACAAAACAUAUGGUUGAACUCACCAAUGAGGAAUUCUGUGCUUUCUCAUACAGGGGCAACUGUGUCCCAUCAAACUGGUUUUGGAACUAAUACACCUAAUAUACAUGCACUACAGAAUCCGUUUGUAACAUCAGAUUCCUAUUCUAUGCAACUACAAAUGAUCCCUUCUAAUACUGCAAGAGUUCCUGUAACUUACCCAGGAGCCCCGAGACUUAACCCAUCUUUAUCAGAACGACAGGUUGAUUGGGCACAACAGUAUACAUCCAGUGGACUGACUUACCCAGAUUAUAGACCACUUCCAAAGCAAUACAGUUACCCAUCACGAGGCUUUUUGCAAGAUCCUGCUCUUCAGAAACAAAACCCUAUGCCAUCUACAUCAUUGCAUAUUAAAAAUAGUCACCCUCCAGAUUCUCCACGGACUUUACAGUCAAAGCAGACUGCAACCAUACAGUCCUAUCAAUAUGCAGUUACUCAAACUGACAAAAGACCUCCGCCUCCUCCUUAUGACUGUAGAUAUGCAAGCCAGCCUUUGCAGAGUACUCAGCAUGUUACUAAACAGGCUGCUGUGGACGUUCCUCAAAUGCACUUACCUGAAAUGAGGAAAGACUUCUCUAGAAGCUUUCAACAGCAUUGGCAAAACCUUAAUGAAACUGUCAGCACCGUUGGAAAUUCCUGUAACUUGAAAGUAAAUACCAAUGUCACUCAGCCUUUUAAUGAACCUGUUAGAUCUUCUGUGGAUGGUGUUCAGACCCUUGCUCAAAAUAAUCAAGAGAGAAGAAUAGACUCUUGUGAUCUUUCAAAUCAAGUACUGGACACAAGCGCCACAAAAGAAAAGUUAGUGAGGGAUAUUAAAACAUUAGUAGAAAUAAAAAAGAAGUUUUCGGAACUUGCAAGGAAAAUUAAAAUUAAUAAAAAUCUUUUGAUGGCAGCAGGUUGUAUUAAAACAACUGAUACCUCUUACAGUGAAUUAGCUGCAAAUUCUGAAAUGUCUCUGAAACAAACUGCCCAAAUCCAGUCUGGACCACAGGUGACCCUAGUGACUCCAGAGGAUAAACCACCAACCAUAAUAGAAUCUGGAAAAGAAACAAAUAGAACACACAGUACAAUAAAUUCCAACAUUCAGGACCUGAAUUGGGGAAAUUGUAACCAAGUGAAUUCUGUUUUACUAAACUCUGUCUAUUCAGAAAAGUUGCCAAUGCCAGACCAGUUACAUGAUUUGAAAGUUAGGACUUCUUUAAAGGCAUCAACUGUUGACAUUACCCAGGCAACAUUAAGUAAGGCCCAGAUUUCAUCAGGAAAUGUCAAUGUUGAACUAAACGUGCCAACAAAUUCUGAAACAACUCCUGUUCCUCAGUCUACAUCCUUUGAGGAAUAUGUUUCAAAAUAUCCAAAUAAAAAUACGCUAAUUCUCAGUUUACUUACAUGUAGAGAUAAACCUCAGGAGAAAUUAUUAAAAAAUGCUAGUGAAACUAUUCAGGGUUCUAAACCACAUAGUUUUGAAAUUAACUCAAAUAACCAAAUCACCGGUAACCAACCAACUUUGAAAACCAUGGAAACUCCAAGUACAUGUAAUAUAAAUGCCAAGGUUUUAGACAACUCGUUUUGCCUUGAGCAUAAAUCCUCAGCAAGUGGGGUAUCUUCUAAAAGUGACAAUCACUUUCCCAUGGAAUUGCUAGCAACAUGUCUUUCUCUCUGGAAAAAGCAGCCUUCAGAACCUACAGAGGAAAAACAGUAUAAUGAGUCAAAAAACAGAACAGCAGUUGGAGUUUCAAAACCUGUGGAAACCUGUGGUAAGAGUCCAUCUUCAGUUGUAGGAAAUGCUCAGAAUAAGAUGAUAAACACCUCACAAGAAACAACUUUGUCAAUAGUAGUACAAAAUUAUGAAUCUUCCAGUGCAACUGUUACAAAGGGAACAGAACUUCAGGUUGCUAUAGUCUCACCCUUAAUUCUUUCAGAUGUCAAAACAUUGUCUGCCAAAGGAAUAACACCUGAAGCUGUAUCUGAAACACUGUAUCCAGUUAUUAAGGAAGGCAGUGUUUGUAGCUUACAAAAUCAGUUGGCAGAAGAUACAAGUGUUACUGCUGCUCUGAAAGCUAAUCUUAAGGAACCAGUAGCAGGUACCACAACAGACACAAAGAUGUUCUCACCAAUUCAGAAGGAAGAGCAAAGUGAGUCAACUAAUUCAGAAGACAUACCUAAUAGCAAUCAAGGAAAGCCUAUCAAGUCAGAACCAGAUACCCACUAUUCUGUGAGUGAACAGCAAGUCUCAUAUAAGUCAAGAAACAGUGAUCUUGUUAGUGGUGAUAUGUUACAUAUUGACAAUAUUUGUUCUCUUGUUGAAGGUGAUACAUCUUACAAUUCCCAAAUAGCAAAGAUAUUCAACUUGCCUCCUUUGAAAAGGGUUGAGCCACAGAAGUCUCUACCCAAUCACAAAGUGAUUACUAAGGGACAACAAAAAGAGCAAACAGACAGCCUCACUAAAUAUAAAGACUUUGGUUUUCAAAAUGAUAAUUUUUUACAGUGCACAGAUAUUUCACGUAAAAUAACUGAUCAGGUAGAAUCUCUUCAACCUCCAGAAUCAUCAUCUUUGAAGUAUGUUAAAGCAGAUAGUGGAAUUCUAGAGGAGAGCAACUUGGACCAUAUCACUAAAAAAAAAAGCAUGGCUAAUGAUAGAUGUUCAUCGCCUGCUAUUGAGCAGGAUAGUUGUCCUCGGGAAGUUGAUUCAUCCUGCAAUUACACUGCCCAGGAUCCUGCAAGAAGUGAGAUUCUCAGUGAUAAGGCAUCUGUCUUAUACCUACACGAUCAGCUGUCAGAACUUUUAAAAGAAUUUCCCUAUGGUAUUGAAGCUGUGAACACACAUGAAGGUUCUGUGGCCCAACAGAAAACAAACCAGAUCUCGAAAGAUCAAACUUGUGAUAAAACUGGUUGCGACUCUAAGGGCUCAACAGACCAAAUACAAAUUACAAUAUUAAACUCAGAGCAAAUGAAAGAAUUAUUUCCUGAACAUGAUAAUCAACUCUGUGAGGUAGACAAGUUAACAGAACAUCAGAAAGAAGAACCUGUAAAAAAAGAAGGGCACAGCCAGUGUGACCCACAAGCAGACACAGAUGGAAAGACUGAUGAUAACUUAAUGGAUUCAGAGAAAGACGACGUUGGUUGCUGUGCAUUGGGGUGGCUGUCUAUGGUUUAUGAAGGAGUACCCCAGUGUCAGUGUAAUUCCAUCAACAACUCAACUUCAAAGGAAGAAAAAGGGGAAAAUCAGUGUUCUUCGAAGAUCAAUAGUUGUAAACAAGGAGAAAGAACUUCUGAUAGAAAUGACCCUGUUGGGUGUAAUAGUCCUCUAAAUAACAAUCUGAAGAUUCCUUUGACUUUGCCAGAUAUGAAAAACCAUUUUCCUGAAAUAGAGCAAGGCAAAAAUAGAAAUGAUAUGCCCAAAACAAAACAAAAGUCACUGAGGACAGAACAAGAACUAUUAGGUCCGUUUUUAUCUAAAGCUGAUAAACUAGAUUCCAUGCAGUGUCACAAAAGAAAAGGAAAACUGCAGUUUCAUGAGAUAACUUUUCACACCAGUAAUAAAAUGACAAAAUUUUCUCAAGAGAGCCUGCACCAGAAGUUCAUGGCACAAAACUCACGUCCACUAAAAACAAAGGUGGGUUUUUUGACAAAUAAAAAAGAUCCACGUAUGAAGAAUGGUUCUUUGGUACAGUCAGUAUCCCCAGAGAAAAUAAAAUUGAAAGCAGGUGGCUUGAGACAAAAAGUUUUGGAAAAAAGGAAGUUAGAUGAUGGGGGCAUGCUUGAUUCAAAGAUAAAGAGGAAGAAAUACGAUAAACGAGAGCAGAAUAUAAGUGUGGCAGAUGGUACCUUUAAAUUAUGUAAUUUUUUGUCAAUUCCAAAUGAAAGAUGUAGGGUUAAAGAAAAGACAGUAUCAAAUGUUAAGUCCUCAGUCUCCAAGGAUAGUUCAUCUAAAAUUAAUAGAGUUCUGACACCAAAGGAGUAUUUGCAAAGGCAGAAGCACAAAGAAGCAAUGGGUAGCAGCGCAUCAAAGAAAAGCUAUGUGAGGAAUGUACCGUGUGAUUCUCAAUACGUGAAGUCCAGUAAACUUUCCAUGCAAGUAGGGAGUUGUGAGAAAUCAGAUGAGAGCCCUAACAGCAGUGUACAGACUUCUAAAGAAUCCUUAAAUAUUUGUUCAAGCCAUGGUAAAAACCUCAAGAUCCACCAUUCUGAGGAGUCCAAAGUCUGCAUUUCAAGGAAUGUUAAGGGAAUAGGUGGUGGAAAACAACCUGAUAAAAUGUGGAUUGAUAAAACCAAAUUAGACAAAAAUUUAAGCAGCAUAAACAAUGAAGUGGAAUUCAGUCAAGUGUCUCACCAGUCAAAGGAUCAAAGGAAACUGUAUCUGAACAGAGUUGCAUUUAAAUGCACUGAGCGUGAGAGCAUUUGUCUCACAAAAUUAGACAGUUCACCCAGGAAGCUUACUAAAGAAGGGAGACCGGAAAAUAAAGCUCAGAGCCUCUUACCUGUGAAAGAUGCCACAGAAAAACCAAGCAUGCUGGAAUUUAAGUUAUGUCCAGAUGGACUGAUUAAGAAUACAAAUUAUGUUGAUGACUGGAAGGAUCUGCAGCCUUGUCCUAGGAAGGAGCAAGCUCCUGUGCAAGUUUCAGGAAUAAAAAGUACAAAAGAAGACUGGUUAAGAGGUGUAACUGAGGAGAAAAGGAUGCCAGAAGCCAGCCAAGAAAUAGAUGAUAAUGUUUUGGCUAAUUCAAGACUCUCCAAGAGAAGCUUCAGUGCAGAUGGAUUUGAGACACUACAAAAUCCAGUAAAAGAUUCAAAAGCAAUGUUUCAAACCUACAAAAAGAUGUAUAUGGAAAAGAGAAGCAGAAGCCUUGGUAGCAGUCCUUUAAAAUAAUUUUGAGGCUAAUUUUUUUGAUGGUUCUGUAAUUGGCACCAGGAAAUUUCUGCUAUUUUCUGUUCAGAAUAUUUUGCUGGAAAUGCUCAGAAUUACCAUGAUAAAAUCUCUCAAGAGAGUUUGGUUACCACUUAGGUUGUGUAUGUCAUUGAAAUUACUUAAUUAAAAUGGCUUGAGGACCUUACCCAUGGGUACCAGUCAUAAGAAAUAGAUGGUAUUUGUCAGGGAAACCGCAAGGUAUUGAAUUUUGACAUUAUUGAACAAAGUUUACCAUUGUUUAUUUUGAAAUGCUAACUAUCCAUCCUGAGGGAGGGCUGUUCUCAGUUAAGUACUUGUUUACUUUAGCUGGGACUGUAAAUAUGUUUUUAUUUCUAAAGCUUAUUAGCAAAACUUAUUUUUUAAAAAUGCUCACUGUGAAUGUCAAAGUAUAUUCUUAAGUAUUUUAUACCUAAUUGUAAACAUUGUCAGAAGUCUUGUUUUGUACUUGUUAAGUUGGACAUAAUUUUUGGAUAAUGUUUAAACAUUCAUUACUUUUCAUACUUGAAAUAAACAUUUAUUUUUAAAAUAUAUAUAUAUGAAAUCAUAAUGGUUUGUAUUUGAUUUUCUGCCUCACAACAGGGCACAUUUUAGAAGAGUUUUAAAAAGGAGCAGUUUUAGUUAAGCUGUUAGAAGUAAAUAUUUUCAGGUUGCAUUCAGAAGAAGAGCAAACAUUUUCCUAGAGUCAGGAAAUUGCAAGAAAGCAUGGAAGGCAAAAUGUUUCUGGGUUUUACUUUAUGGCUACUAGAAAAGUGUUGGUUAUUUUCAUAAAAUCUCAAUGCUAUAUGUACAGUUCAUAUUCAUUUUAAAAAAUACAUUUCUGGGAGUAGGAAGAAAUGGAAGUUUAAUGAGAGUAUAGUUUCAGUUUUGCUAUUGUGUGGAUAUUCUUAAUACUACUGACCUGUACACUUAAAAAUCCUUAAGAUAGUAACUUAUGUGUACUUUAUUACAAGUUUAAAAACUACAUUCUGAAGACUUCAGACUUCAGAAGAGCGGGCUUCUCAUAAAAUACUAAGUAGCUGUGCUCAUUUGACUGUUUGAUGGUUUCGUGUCAAUAAAAGAUUCAGUUAGAAAAGCAAUGGUUAGGAAAACUGCUAGCACCAUAACACCAGUCAAGGCAAUGGCUUCAAACUGUGAUAGUCAUUAUAUUGAUCAUUGUAUUCUUUACUGCUGGAAACUCUCAGAAUAUUUUUUUAAAAGUCUUAAUGUCUUUGAUAAAAUAAUGAGACUUGCUAAUAUUAUUAAAUCUCAACCCUUGAGUAUACAUCUUUUAAAUAUCCUAAGUGAUGAAUAAGUACACAAAUUUUGCAUUUCAGAAGAAUUUGAAGCAGAGAUAUACAAGCAAUGAUGGUACAAUGGCCAUUGAGGAAAAAUGUAAUUUUUUGACUUGUAAAUUGAACUGGUCCCUUGGGACAUCAUUUUUACUUGAAGAAAUCAUUGACAUUUUUCUCAACUAUGUCAUCCUGACUUUUCAAGGAAAAUAAAAAUAUUUGUUGUCAAUGCUAAAACUUGAGCUUCCGCAAGAAGUUAGGAAAACUUGUAUCUGAGACCAAGUUUGAUAGCAUCCUACUACUAGCUCUCUGAUGAGUUCAUCAGGAAUACUGAUGAAUGUAAUUAUUUAAAAAAGAAUUUUUAAAGUAGGCUCCACACCGAACAUGGGGCUGGAAGUCACAACCCUGAGAUCAAGAGUCACAUGCUAGUCUACCAGCAGCCAACCAGGUGCCUCUGAAUGUAAUUAUUUUUUAUGUAUGCUAAAGUAUGUCAAUAUUUGGAAGAUCUGCAUAACUUAGUGAACCAAUAUUUUCUGAUGACCAGUGCAGUUGAUAAGAGAUCUACUCAGAAUGCCAGGUAGACCAAUGGAUUUUAAUAUAAGAAUGCAAAAAGAUACCUGCCAUAUCAAGCUUCCCUGUUGGAACCAACCUUUUAGGAAACAACUGUCAGCUUUUGGUGCAGUAACAAAGAAGAAUAUAUGUGAUCUCAAAGAGCUGGAGGAACACUCUUAUCCAUGUAAAAAGCCAUCUGUGUGUGUGAGAUGGGAUUUUCUUGAUAUACUUGAACCAAGACAUAGCUCAACAACAGACUGAAUGCACAAGUAGAUAAGAGAGUCAACUGAGUUCUAUGAAGUAGGACCUUAAAGAGAUUUGCAAAAAAGGAAGAAAAUGCUAGACUUUUCAUGGAUUAUUUUUUUGAUAUAUAUUUUUCAUUAAAAUGCUAUUUAUAAACAUGUAAUGGAAACACUUGUAAAAUGUUUGAAUUUUUCAUGGAAUAAAUACUGAUAAAUAUCUCAAUCCCACAGUUUUUAAAAUGGUUAAAUGCCUCUUAGAGUGGUUAUAGUGGUGUGAUUCAGGAGCAAGCCCAAUUAGAUGGAUAUGUUCACUCUUGCAUUGUUGCAAGUACUUUUCCUAAAUAAUAUAAAGCAUUUGGUGUUGAAUACAA